GCGGCCACAAAGUACCUCACACAAUCCAGCGACUUACCCAGCAGCAGAUGCGACCAUGCGUGAUCAGAGGCUCAUGUUGCGGACGCCAAUGAAGCAGAGGCGUAGGAACGAGGAUGGGGUCGGGCAGAUAAUGCGAGAAGAGGAGGAAGGGGAGGUUGAAUUUUUUGUCGUUGCAACCUCAGCUAGUAACGCUGUGACGCAGGGCUUUUUUACUCAGGGUCCUCUGCCGCCUCCUCCAGGGAUGCACGAAGUAACACGGGCAGGCCAGCCGUCGAGCAGCAGAGCGGUGUCGGCUGUAAUUAGGCAUCAGCUGGUUCUGCUGUGCUUCAUGAUCACCCCCCAGGGCUCUAAAUUCAUGGCUAGGCGUACCGACAAGGGACACCUUGCUAUCCCAACAGUUGCUGUUAGCACAUCACCAACUACUAAGGAGGCAAUCAAAGCGGUGGCUGCAACUUUUAUUGCGGAUCGAUUUCCUUUUCGCCUCAUCCCAGGCAUCAGAAUUGGACGCAAAACGGUGGCAGCAGCAAUAGGGGGACAUUUUUCGGUUGGUAUGCUUGAUGUUAAAAUGAGCCUGGAGACUGCAGCAUUGCUGGCAACUCAGGGUGUAGUGUGGCUGCCGUCUACCUGCCUUGCCUCCUCAACAUCAGACGAGCUACAGGAUACUUAUCUCACUGAGGAUGUUAAUGCCAAAUGGGUGGCGGAGUUCUGCAAUUCUCUGGCUACAGAUAAGCAACCAUACUCUGCAGGCUUCCGAAGCCUCUUGCUGGCACCAUGGGGUGCCCCUCCUGAGGUGGACGCAGCUAGGAGACCGAGGCAGCCAAGGCAACCUGCAGAAGAGGAGCAGCGGAUCCAAUUAACCACCGCACAGGUCCCUUCUCAUGAACUGUCUGGGCCCCUGCAACAGACACCAGAGGAGGCUGUGCAAUCUUGCUGCACAAGAACCUCGAGGCGGAGAUUUUGGAGCAGGAAUGGGAUAUUUGGGGCCGCUGGGCAUGGAAUCCAGAUUGGAAUGGAAAAGUGGACAUUGAUGACGAUAUACGCACCAGCUGAUCCUGUGGAGCGGAGAUCUUUUCUCCAGGAACUUCCCGCAAUUGUCCCAGACGACGAUAACAUGGUAUUUGCUGGUGACUUUAACGUCACGCUGGUCCCAGGUCUAGAUUCACCUGAAGUGGCCCCCAGGAAAACUGAUGCGGCAAUGCUCAGCAGCUUUAUUACGAUGCGAGGUUUAUCAGACGCCUUCCAAACUACACACCCGAUGGAGCCUAACUUCACAUGGUUUUCUUCGCAGCGAACCGGUGAUAGACCAGCACCUAAGCGAAGGCUUGACCUUAUGUUGGUCAAGGGGGCGCCUUGGGAAGCCUUGACAACGAUCUCUUGCUCUAUUGAAUCGCUGUCGGACCAUCGGCCUCUCACCGCAUCCUUUCAGCUGGCGGCUAACUUGGCCCGUGGGCCAGGGACCUUCCUUUUGAAUACGGACCUGCUAAACCUACCAGGGGUUACAGAUUGGAUUGCUGCACAUUGGAGGGACUGGCAACAAACAAGGCACACAUUCGACUCGAAAGGGGAUUGGCUACAAAUGGGCUUCCGGAUAGUUACGAGGGCACUUGAUGCUUUCUCAAGGAUGCAGGCAAGGCAUAGAAGACAGCAAGAGGAGUGUCGUAACAUGGUGGCAGAGGCUGAGGCGGAGCUCGAAGAAAGGCCGUUGGCUGAACUUUAUUGGCAGCACCGCAGAGACCGGUGGCUGCAAAAGCUAGAGGAUCUUCAGGUAGAGCAGCAGAUUCUGUGGGCCAAGAAAGCUCAAGAAAAAAGAAUGAUCACAGGGGAUCGAUUAUCCAAGGAGACCUGCCAACGAUUGUGCCCACCCCGAGCGCAUGCAUUGAUAAGGGAGUUUCAGCACCCCUUCUUUGUUGAGGCCCCAACUGCCAAGGAUUCCACUGCGAUGGGCGAGUAUGCUAGAGAUAUCCUUACCAGCAGGAGACAUCCGGGCCGUAAUUUACAGCAGCUGAGGGUCGAGCAUGACAUGUGGCGACAUACGCAAGCGAAGUUGACGGUGGAGGCAAGGCUUCUACUUGACCGGCCUAUAACACUUGAGGAGCUAUGGGAGGCUAUCAAGAGUAUGGCUCACGGCAAGAGCCCGGGAUCAGACGGCCUGCCUGUAGAGUUCUACGAGGCGAUUUGGGAUCAUGUUGGGCCUGACUUGCUCUCGCUCUACAAUCAUGUUUUGGAAGGGGGGGCCUUGACUGCAGACAUGAAGCUGGGAUUAUCACCCUGAUUUAUAAGAAGGGUGAUAAAUCCAACAUACGGAA